CGUAUAUGGAUUCAGUGUCUGAUUUGUCGUCGUUUCGUUUUGUCUCCGAUGAGGAGGAAGCCUAUGAUAAUGAUGUUGAUGCUAAUGAUGACGUUAGUGUUGGCUCAUUGUCGCUGCCGUGUGUAGAAAUAGAACAACACAAGUCAAAAACAUCAACUAUAGCACAAUACAGAAAAGAAUCGACGACGGAUAAGGCCUUAAACGUUGAAGUGCCCCACGCGUCAGCAUCUUUUUUUCUACCCCACGAAACGCGGAGUGUGUUACCAAUAAUUCAUUGUAGCAAUACUAACAAUGUUACUCAGAAGCAGCAACAUCAGCAGCAGCAGCAGCAGCAGCGGCAGUUAUUAAAAGUUUCUGAGUCCGAUCCAACACCGUUUAGAAAUAGUUAUGCUACAAUUGGACAUUGGCCCAAUGACGCGUGCCGCGCUAGCAGGCAUUAUAAUUAUAGAUCUUAUUUACGUUGUGGUCGUCGCUAUCCGCCGCCAGUGCCACCGAAGCCCAAAUCUCGCAAUCGCAUUUGCUUUGAAGUCACCGCCUGCAGUGGCAUCUAUAAUGCUGAACCUGCUCUGAAAACACGUCGAUUGGAAAAUUUUCAAAAACAGAAACUUAACCAACCGAGAUUUGUGCCAUUUGUUUUGUCAGAUACUCAUACUUCGAGCCGUGCAACCAGGAGCUGCUCUGAUUCAGAAAACAUCUACUCGAACGCUAACGGAUCGACGUCAGUGAAAACUGAAAAUAGCUGCAAAUCUCAUGCAGCUGACACCCAACGCAACAACUAUAAUUUUAAAUUCGACGGAACGCCAAAUAAACAUUUGCAAUCCAAAAAAGCUUGUAUACUGCGCUACGAUCAUUUCGGAUAUCUUAAAAAAAUAUCUCAUCCAAACUGCAAUUUAAAUCAAAAAAAGAACGCGAACCCAGCAGCAGAUAAAGACAAUUUGAGUGCCCAUAUUGGUGAAAUUGCUGAAUAUUAUAAUGCUGGAAAAACAUUUAAGCCUAAAGACGACAGCCACAGUGAUUUCCUUAAAAAUGAAAACUCGAAUGAGUUUCAUUUAUCCGAAUCAUCUGAGAUAACAACCAAAGUACAAAUUUCUGACGCAGAUUCUUCAAUUGAUGCUUCAAAGUGUAUUCGCAAUUUUGACAAAAAAUGCUCUCAAUCAGACUCGAACUACGCUAGAAUUUCUGUGGACAGUCUUAGAUAUACCGGUUGCUGUGUUUUGAAUUGUGCUACACCUCAACAUAAGAUUACUUCUUUGCAGUUAAAGAACGUUCCAGUUAUUAACACUUUGGACAGUUCUCUUUAUGCAUGUUCGUCAGUUGGACUUAACUGCGACAGAGAUCACACGAUGGAUAAACGACGCAACACCUUAGACCGAUUUCAACGUCUGACUUUUGGACGCAAAUCAAAGCCAGCGGUUUCCUCUGAGGCUGCCUCUCCAGAAAGUUGUAGGGCGUCCAGUGUAGACAAGCAACGUAAUAGUUGCGAAAGAUCAGAACGUCUCAAAGAACUGACGGAGCUUUUGCGUGGUGGCAACAGUUCACGUGCCUCAUCAACGCCCACACCACCACCAGUGCCACCGCCACGUAAGCCUCGAAUACCUCAUAAUAAUUCGACAACUAGCAGCAUUGAAAUUCAGGAAAGUCAGUCAUCUUGUGGCUUGGAUGAUUCGGAUCCAGCAAUGACUGGCCAAUUACAAAAACAGAGCAGUACAAAUAACAACAAGAGUGCUUGUGGCAAUACUAGCGUGCCUGCUACAGCAGCACGAAUCUUGCACUCAAUGAGACCGAACGCAAGUCUCUCCAAUUUGGAAGCUUUCAUGUUGUGCACUCGCGAGAAAUCCAAAUCACCGCCGCCCCUGGCAGUAGGUGACGAGGUCGACGCAACCAGUAGCGAAUGGCCUACGCAGCUGUCUGCAGCAGACUCUCGCACUGGAAGCAGCACAAGCACUCAGAAAGGGAUAUCGCCGUUUCGUUCUGUUUCGUUUUCUCAAAUUGACUGUAAAUCAACCCUAAGUGCUUUGCGCGAUCGAUUACGGCGGGACAAAGCCAUUGAAACCCCCACUCAAAUUCAAAGGAACACCAAAGCGAUAGAAUCUUUGGAUAUUCCGAGCGUGAAAGCGGACCCAGGUUGGGUGCACAUACCGCUUAAGGGCACGGGCCUGUCCAUUAACUUAAACUACGGGCAGGAGAAGUCACUAGAGCACGUUCUAGAAGAUGUGCCAGAUAUCAUAGCUGAAGAAGAUAUAUUCAAUACAGACAAUUGCAGUGUCACUGGCAUAUUACCAGCCACUGCGAGCAGUGUUAUCGCGGCACACGCCAAAAUGGAGUCGCUAUCGGAUACUGUGCAUUCGGAAGGAGAAUAUAGCAAGGAAAGUGCGACGGUGAUGGUGAAUGUUACUGAUACACCUAAUAUAGUUGAGCCCCCGAACGUUAGCUCGGAAGUUAACGCAUCGAAUUCGAAUUCGAAUUCGAAUUCGAAUUUGUCUAACUUGGAUGAGCAGCCUCAGCCUCAGAUUGAGUCCGCAUCAAGUAAUAUUCUGCAAACAGCUACGACUUGUCUCAUACCCGUUCCGGUUUAUGAAUGUGCCUCACAGGAGUGGUUGGAAGCACCCGCUCAAGAAUGGGUCGAGUUAGCACCAGAAUUUGGCAUUGUGCCCGAAACAAUGCAGCCGCCCGUUCCGCAUGCGGCAUGCAAAAUAAUGCAAACAGAGACAUUAACGACUAUACCCAGUAAUUUGUUGCCAACAAUUUCGGUGAGUCGGAGCUCUGAAGAAGGUGACGAACAGAGGAAAGAUAUAAUCGUACCCCCGGCAGAGCCAACAUCGGAUCGACUUAGCAAUUUCGAUUCAGUUGACGAUCAACGUCAACAAGAAGAUCUUGACAUGGACCUGCAUGGUUCAGACGCAAUAGCUACACCGCGGCACAGUACUGGGGAGCGCCAAAAGCGUCAUUUGGAUAAAUCCACGAAGCGUAAGGGAAUGUACAUAGAUAAUUCAGACUGGCAUCAGCCAGUUGAACCACAUCGUGGACUGGCCUUAGAUUUAUCGAUUGUCAAUUUCCAAGUAAUUAGCCCAGAUUCGCCGGAUGAAUCGCAGAUAGAUUCCAACAGCCCAGACAUGUUUGUAACGAAAACGCCAGAGCUGGAGAAAAGCUCGCCCUUAUGGAGAAGAUCAAAUGACCGAACGCAACUGUUAAGCAGCUUUAGCUGCCAAAGCAGCGAAGAGAAGGACGACGCUAUCAGCAAUAAUAACAGCAAAAACAAUAGCAUACUACAUACCGAUUCAAUGUCAGAUACCGAAGAACGCAUUAGUUGGAGUCCAACGCCUAGCGGGGAUUACGAAAGCAAACGCUAUUCAAAGCGACCUCUUACAGUACGCGGCCCAUACGGGCAGAUGCUGGAAGCUGAGCUGAAGAAGCCAAAUCGUAAGCAAUACGACGAGAUCCGCGAGGAAAUGCGCAGCACCGACAGGCUACACCCACGCCAUGAGCAUAGCCUGUCUGAAAGAAAGUCUUCACUUGGCUCCACGCGGAACAAUAUGCCGCAAUACUCGAAUUCAAUGCGUGUGCGUAAAUCGAACGCAUAUUUGCCAGUGCCAACCCAUGCACGAGCAGCUUCGACUCCUUCACAAAUUGAGCAUGUUAACAUGCCCAUUUCGAUGUCUAGCAAGGAUCUUAGCGAGACGAUAUUAAUGGCAGAGAAGCAGUCGCAGCAUCAGAUAAAGCGUGCCGCAUCCGAAGCACCCACAACGAAAACGCAUCAUAGCAAGCGCAAUCUAUCAAUGACUAAUGAAAACAAGAGUCCGCAUCAUCAUAAUCAUCACCAUCAACAUGCCAAACGAAGCGUUGACGACAAUAACAGUAGCAGCAACAAAUCAAAGCUGCCACAUGCCGCUGGCGUACCACCCACUGCAGCUUUGCUGGCGGAGCUGCUUAAGGGCUCCAGCGAAAACAUGAUUUCCGAGCAGCGUCAGAAAAUGACUGCGGACACUCGCACUUACGUUGUGCAAGAGAUUUACCGCAAUGAGCAAUCCUACGUUGAGUCUCUGCAAACAGUUGUGCUUAAGUAUCUUAAAGUGCUGAAGUCGCCAGAACAUGCAGGAAUGAUUGAUACACGGACUGUGGAUGAGAUAUUCUUUAUGGUGCCCGACAUACUGGAAAUACAUGAGAAAUUUUUGUCUGAGUUAAAGCACCGGCUCGAUGAGUGGGACGUACAGCAAAAAGUUGGGGAUGCAUUUAUUGAAACGUUUUCGAAGCUAGAAGUUCUUGAGGUCUAUACAUCAUUUGUCAACAACUGUAAUAGAGCCAAAAAUGCAAUUCGUUCGAUGAAGCAUCAGCGACCUUCUUUUUCCAAAUUCCUGGAGUCUACGGCACGUGAGCAUAAGGGAAAGCUUACCUUGGACAAUUUGCUUAUAAAGCCGGUGCAAAAAUUUCCAAACUAUGAACUGCUCUUUCAACGGCUCAUAAAGCACACAGAUCACGAUCAUCCGGAUCAAAAACAUUUGCAGGAAGUGCUGAAGCUCGUGCACGAUAUAUUAGUACACAUCAACUGUAAGGAGCGUGAGAUCAUGGAAAAUGGACAGCGGGAAGCGACCUUACGUGAAUUGGAAGGCGUUAUAGAAGGCAUAACCGAUUUAAUAGCGCCAGACCGGCAGUUUUUGUUAUUCGAUCUAGUAUCAAUGCCAUCGGGGCAAGGUGCUCGCAAGGAUCGAGGAUUUUUUCUGUUUAAUGAUCUAUUGGUCCUGACUAGCAUAAAGAAACGCAGUGGGACCAUUAGGAAACCCAAUAGCUCCAUUUGUCCCGGGUCAGUGGCCACCACCUUGGACACUAACAAGUAUAAGUUCCUCACAAAAAUUUCUUUAGAUUGCCUAGAGAUUGUCAAGUCUAAAGAUGAAAAUAUAAAACGCAUCGUAAGCGAAAUUGAAAAUCUGAUCGAAGACUGCAAUAAAUUGCAACAGAUAAGUGAAAUCACGGCAUCUAUCAAGUAUCCCCACCAGUAUCUAGAAGACGUCAUCCGUGAGUUACAUCGCGACAUUCAGAGACAACUCUCCGAGCGUCAAUCAAAUGACACGCAACUAAACAUGUUGGAACUGACAGUUAGCUCGCCUAAUGGAAGUCAAAAGUUGACGGUGGUAUUUAGCAAAACAGAUAGACGCUCCAAUUGGGAGGAAGUAUUUAAUGAAGCUAAACUAAAAUUGGCCGCCACACAAGAACGGCAUCCCAUUCCAGAGUUUCUUACAUCUAUUCCUAUACGUAAAACACGAGCGGGUCUCCAGUUUACUUGCGCGGCUGCUACACUGAGCGACAAGCGAGAUGUUUGGGUUUGCAAUAGUGAUGGAUACGUAGGCCAAGUGUGCAUAAUGUCCUUACAUCCGGAGCCAAAUGUAACCAGCUGCAAUGGAGUCUGCAAUGCUCGCAUACUUUGCGUAGCUUCUGUGCCGGCGUAUAGCAGCAGCCCCAAUGAACGUGAUAGUGGACAGGAGGAUAAGCAACAGACCACUACACAGCAUAAUAGCUACACACAACAAUUGCGAGAUUAUCGUAAAAGCAUCUCGCCUAUUGCCCAGCCAGCCUCUACAUUAACCGUAUCGGAUAAAAAGAAACUCCCCACUUCGACUAUUGAUAACGGCUCUGAUGCUGCUGGCGGGAACAGUGAUACCCAGCUGGAUUUGAAUCUAAGCUCAAGCGAUGACGAGGCGGAUGCUGUUUCCACUGCAGCACUAGAACAGCGUAUGCCCAGCCCUGCGCCCUCAUUACAGGCCACUUAUCAUGGGCAGCAAGAUUCUAUUCCCGACGAAAGCGAAUGCAAUCAAUCAACAAUGUGGAUCGGCACUGAAGACGGCUGCAUUCAUGUUUACAACAGUACUGAUAACAUACGCAUAAAGAAAAAUCGUAUUAAGAUUGAACAUCAUUCAGCUGUAUUUUCCAUAUUGUAUCUGGACAAUCGUGUUUUUGUAUCCUUAGCAAAUGGCGAUAUAUGUGUUUAUCUCAGAGAUGGAGCCACUUCUUGGAACACGUGCUCAUCGCAUCGUCUCUCAAUUGGCACAGUUUCGAGCCCGGUGACUAAAUUGCUCAAUGUAAAUGGAAAGUUGUGGUGUUCAAUACAGGGGAUUAUUAAAGUGUUAGAUACUGAAUCCUUUUCGGUUAUUAAUCAAAUACAAAUAUCCUCGGACUCAAAGCCAAUUACGAACAUGACAGUAGCAAAUAAUUUAGUGUGGAUAUCAAUACAAAACUCAGCUCACAUUAAGUGCUUUCAUUCCAAUACCCACCAACUAAUUACGGAGGUAAACCUUGCUCCUGCAGUCAAUAAGAUGUUGUCGAAUUGUGACGAAAUAAUUAGGCAACAUAAGGCGGCUUGCCUUCGCGUAACUUCUCUCCUGUGUUGUAAGGAUCUAAUUUGGAUUGGCACGAGUGCAGGAGUUUUGUUGACUAUACCAGCCCAGGGUUAUGAGAAAGGUGCACACAAUAUUGUGCCAACAGGCAUACCACACGGCCAUACGGGACAUGUGCGAUUCCUGACCUUUGUCGAGUCACCAUCGCAUGGCUUAGAGGGUUGCUCACAAAUUAUAUCAGCUGCGACAUCACGUGAAACUGGAAGCGGCACCAGCGAUGACUACACAAAACAAGGUUCAACAAAGAACUCUAAAGCAAAAUCGGAAACCAAAAAUAUACUUAUUAUAUCUGGUGGUGAUGGCUAUGAAGACUUUCGCAACUCUGGUGCCAACUCUUUAAGUGAAAUUGCUGGCCGCGAAGACAGCACCAAUCAUUUAUUAAUAUGGCAAAUUUGAAGCAGAAGACGUAAAAAUCGCUGGCGCUUAUUGCUUUCGAGAUGGAAAAACAACAACUGAACUCACCUCUGACAGUUCCAAAUCCGUAAGCUAGUUAGCGAUUUUUAUUGUACUAAGUUGCCAAAGAACAAAUAUGGACAGACUAGUGUUACGCACAGGAUUAGUGUACGCGCGUCUGUAUUUAAAUUAAACAAAAAUACCAUUGUUUUAAUAUAUACAUAUUGAACUCAAUAGCAAUGGCAGAAUUUUUGUAUUGAUACAAGACUAAAUGGAGAAGGAAAACAUAAUUGCGAGUGCCAAAUAUAUACAUGUAUUGCGCCGAACAUUCGGAAUAAAUUAUUUAAAAUGUUAACAGAAAAUCCUUUAGUUAGGCCCAAUGGCGUUUUAUUCCAAGCCCAACACGUAUAACU